AUGGACGAUUACAGAUCGUUAGGGCAUAUGAAGUUAGCGGCCGAGCCAGGCAAAUAUUUCAUACCACACCACCCAGUGGUUAAACGUUGUAAAGAAGAACUGAAAAUUCGUGUGGUGUUCGACGCCUCAGCUACUUCUUCAUCCGGAGUCUCGUUAAAUGACUGUUUGGUGACUGGACCAAAGCUUCAGACGGAAAUCGGUGAUGUCUUGUUGCGCAGUCGACUACACAAAUUUGUUUUUACUGCUGACAUAACUAAAAUGUAUCGGCAGAUACGUCUACAUGAACAAGAUAGAGUUUAUCAGCACAAACUAUGGCGCAAUUCGCCUAGUGACGAAGUGCAGGAAUAUGAGUUGUGUACGCUCAACCUGGAGGAUGGACCUGAGUUUCCACUCGUCAAAGAUGUCCUGUUAGUUGACACAUAUGUGGAUGAUAUUUUUGUUGGCGCUGACACUUUGGAGGACAUUUUAGAAGCAAAAAUCCAAAUCAUCGGCUUGCUAAAUCGAGGUGGAUUUAGCCUGAAAAAAUGGACUAGCAAUUGUCCCGAGAUAUUGAACACUAUUGACAUUGAAGACCGGGCUAUGACACCGUGGAUAGAGCCAACUAAGGAACAGGCCGUCAAGGUUUUAGGAGUACAUUGGGACCCUAUACUUGACACAUUCGGUUAUCAUUCAACGAUAGAUCAAGUUACUCCUACAAAACGGUCAGUAUUAUCAACUGUUGCUCGUUUUUAUGAUCCAAUCGGCGCGUUGGGUCCGAUGGUUUUCUGGCCAAGUGUUUAA